CCCCCCUCCGGGCUGGACCGCGGAUGGUACGUUCCGCACGUGAGCUGGGUGCUGGUCUGGCCGGCGACGCGCGUGCCCUGUGGCCAAACACUGCCUGGAGUGAGAGCAAACUACCAGCGCAGUGGGGCCGGCGCGAGUGUGCGUGUGUGCGCGCGUGUGUGUGAGCGAGCGAGCGAGCGCGGUGGAGCAGGGGGGGACAACUGCUUCACACUUUCAACACUGCACUGAAGAGGGAGAGCGAGAGAGAGAGACUGGAGACGCACAGAUCCCCCCAAGAUCUCCCAAGCCUACCGUCCCACAGAUUAUAGAACAGAGCCCCAAAAAUCGAAACAGAGGAGACGGGCAGCGGUUGAACAUGGACGAAGGAAUUCCUCAUUUGCAAGAGAGACAGUUACUGGAACAUAGAGAUUUUAUAGGACUGGAUUAUUCCUCUUUGUAUAUGUGUAAACCCAAAAGGAGCAUGAAACGAGACGACAGCAAGGAUACCUACAAAUUACCGCACAGAUUAAUAGAAAAGAAAAGAAGAGACCGAAUUAAUGAAUGCAUUGCUCAGCUGAAAGAUUUACUGCCUGAACAUCUGAAAUUGACAACUCUGGGGCAUCUGGAGAAAGCUGUUGUCUUGGAAUUAACUUUGAAACACUUAAAAGCUUUAACCGCCUUAACCGAGCAGCAGCAUCAGAAGAUAAUUGCUUUACAGAAUGGGGAGCGAUCUCUGAAAUCGCCCAUUCAGUCUGACUUGGAUGCGUUCCACUCGGGAUUUCAAACAUGCGCCAAAGAAGUCUUGCAAUACCUCUCCCGGUUUGAGAGCUGGACACCCAGGGAGCCGCGGUGCGUCCAGCUGAUCAACCACUUGCACGCCGUGGCCACCCAGUUCUUGCCCACCCCGCAGCUGUUGACUCAACAGGUCCCUCUGAGCAAAGGCGCGGGCGCCGCCUCGGCCGCCGCCCCCGCGGGGUCGGCCGCCGCGCCCUGCCUGGAGCGCGCGGGGCAGAAGCUGGAGCCCCUGGCGCACUGCGUGCCGGUCAUCCAGCGGACUCAGCCCAGCGCCGAGCUCGCCGCCGAGAACGACACGGACACCGACAGCGGCUACGGCGGCGAGGCCGAGGCCCGGCCGGACCGCGGGAAGAGCAAAGGCGCGGGGGCGAGCCGCGUCACCAUCAAGCAGGAGCCGCCCGGGGAGGACUCGCCGGCGCCCAAGAGGAUGCGGCUGGAUUCCCGCGGCGGGGCGGCGGGCGGCGGCGGCCCGGGCGGCGCGGCGCGGGCGGCGGCCGCGCUCCUGGGGCCAGACCCGGCCGCGGCCGCCGCGCUGCUGAGACCCGACGCCGCCCUGCUCAGCUCGCUGGUGGCGUUCGGCGGCGGCGGGGGCGCGCCCUUCGCGCAGCCCGCGGCCGCCGCGGCCCCCUUCUGCCUGCCCUUCUACUUCCUCUCGCCCUCGGCCGCCGCCGCCUACGUGCAGCCCUUCCUGGACAAGAGCGGCCUGGAGAAGUAUCUGUACCCGGCGGCCGCCGCCGCCCCGUUCCCGCUGCUGUACCCCGGCAUCCCCGCCCCGGCCGCCGCCGCCGCCGCCGCCGCGGCCGCCGCCGCCGCCGCCGCCUUCCCCUGCCUGUCCUCCGUGUUGUCGCCCCCUCCCGAGAAAGCCGCGGGCGCCGCCGCCGCGACCCUCCUGCCGCACGAGGUGGCGCCCCCUGCGGCGCUGCACGCCCCGCACCCGCACGGCCGCACCCACCUGCCCUUCGCCGGCCCCCGCGAGCCGGGGAACCCGGAGAGCUCCGCUCAGGAAGACCCCUCGCAGCCGGGAAAGGAAGGCCCCUGAGUCCUCGCGCCCCUUUCUUCGAAAGGACGGAGGUUCCCGCUGAAUAACGAACGGAAACACCCUGAACGUUCUUAAGGGAGGAAGUGCACUAGAUGCACGACAGGCAUAAAAAAAACAAAACAAAACAAAAAAAAAACCCCAGGUGUUUUGUGUACAUUUGGAGUUCCUGUUUUUGCUCUUCCCUCACCGCCCCACCCUGCACACACUAACGUCCCUUUCUUUCCCCUACCGGCUGUAAAAGAUACUCUGCGAUAGAUAGCUAUUGGUUCUUUAUUCUUUAAAGAAUCCUCAGAAUAAGUUCUGCCUCCUUUUAGGCCAUGUUACUUUUUACAAUGUGGGACCUGUUUCUAGAGAAGGUGGGAGAGGUCUGCUCUGUGGGCGAGCUCAUGGAAACCAGGGUAGGAGAAAGGGGGAGACACCUUUGCCUGGAGUCGACAUGGGAUGGCAGGUAGUUGUGACGCAGAGCUGCUUCUCGAAGCUGCCCUGCCUGUUUUAGGAGGCUUCCCGCAGACAGAUUGAGGAUCUUUUAGAAUUAAAUUUACUCUUCAGUAUUUUAUAAGGUUCAGCUUUUUGAAAGGCGUCUAUUUUUCAGAGCAAAAGUGAGGAUGCAGUUUGCUCACAUUGCAAUCUAUUCUGGAGUGGUUUAAAUGGUAUCUCUUAGUAACUUGCACUUGCCUACAGAGACAUGGAGUUGGGCCACCGUCAGAACUAAGUCAGGGAAGGAGAUGGACGAGGAAGGCCAGAGUCAUUGUUAGUACGUUUGCUAGCACUUUAUUGAGAAAUUGGCCAUGAAUCAAUGGACUCAUCUUAAUUUCUUCUUAGUCCAUAUAUGUGUAUAUAUAUACAUAUAUCUCUCAAGUGCAUCUUAUUCCCACGCUCAUUAAUCCAUCACGUUCCUAAAGUUUUGUAAUCUUACUGUUUAAAAAAAAAGUGCACUGAAUUUAAAACAAGUCCAAACUGAUUUAUCCUAUAUUCUGUUAAAUGACAAAAGUGGAUGAAAGCAGUAAACUGGUCAGUUUUGAUUGGAAAUGCUGUAUAGAUGUGGAUGAAGCCCUGUGAGGCCUUCCUAUCUCCAAGUCUAUGUAUUUUUCUGGAGACCAAACCAGAUACCAGAUAAUCACAAAGAAAGCUUUUUUAAUAAGGCUUAAACCAAGACCUUGUCUAGAUAUUUUUAGUUUGUUGCCAAGGUAGCACUGUGAGAAAUCUCACUUGAAUGUUAUGUAAGGGGUGAGACACAACAGUCUGACUAUGAGUGAGGAAAAUAUCUGGGUCUUUUAGUCAGUUUGGUGCAUUUGCUGCUGCUGUCGCUACUGUUUGCCUCAAACGCUGUGUUUAAACAACGUUAAACUCUUAGCCUACAAGGUGGCUCUUAUGUACAUAGUUGUUAAUACAUCCAAUUAAUGAUGUCUGACAUGCUAUUUUUGUAGGGAGAAAAAUAUGUGCUAAUGAUAUUUUGAGUUAAAAUACCUUUUGGGGAGGAUUUGCUGAAAAGUUGCACUUUUGUUACAAUGCUUAUUGCUUGGUACAAGCUUAUGCUGUCUUAAAUUAUUAAAAAUAAAUAAAUACUGUCUGCAAGAAACCAGCUGGUUUAGAAAAGUUUAGUAUUUGAAGACAAACUAGAAAUUAUCUUUAUAUUCUAGUAUUUUCAGCACUCCAUAAAUUCUAUUACCUAAAUAUUGCCACACUAUUUUGUGAUUUAAAAAUUCUUACUAAGGAAUAAAAACUUUAAUAUUUGAUAUGAGAUUGUCUAGUAAUUAAAAAGACAUAAUGAAUGCUCAGUUGGUUUUAAGAUACUGAUGACUAUGGGGAUGAAAGUCGCUAAGGCUCUCAGAUAUACAGCUUUUUUUGUCAUUGGCUUGAUAUCACAUGUUUCCAAUCUCUUGCAAGCCUCCAGGCUCUGGCUAUGUCUACUUGCUUGUUCCCAAUGUAUCUUAAUGAAAAGUGCAAAAGAAAAGCCUA